ACCCAGCAUUCUAUUUCUAUGGCAACGGCCCGGAAGCGAGCAGUCACCAUGGCAACGUGGACCGGGAUUAGAAUGGCGCAACUUGCCCGCAGACACUCGGAAAGUUUCUUUUGUCAGUGACUUAUUUUCCAACUUUAGCCGUUGUUCACUGCGGGCUUUGCUCCCCUUCGUAUGGCGCCGUUCCAAUGACUGUUGUGAUUUUGUAAGAGUCCGCUUCUCUGUCCGUUUUAGCGAGCUAACGUCCCAGCGAGGUUGAAACCUCUGCGGGUUUUAACGUCGCCCGCUAACGUAUUAGUGCAAAGUCUGCGUCGCGUCGGCGAUGAGUGGUCGGCGGGAGGCAGGUGCGCCUCGCCUGGAGGCCGUGAUUCAGAAGUUGGAGCGGUCUCUGCUUCACUCGGACAGCAGCUCAGGAGAGAGGACUCUGACACUUGGAGGUGAUGGACAGGAGUCCGGUGUCGGCCCCGCGCUUGUCUCCACCCGCAUCCGCCAGAUCAUCACUCGCAACCUGGCAGAACCGCUAGCUGAUGGGAGUUCUGAGAUCAGUGAGCUGGAGGGGAGCAGGGCCCCGAGGGAGCAGCUUUCUCCGAGCCGGAGGGAUCGGCUACCAGUCAAACAGGCCAGUCUUGUAGAAAGGCUGGAUCAGAUGCCGGUGCUGCCGUCAGCAGCGGACCAGGACAGUGUGGCAGCAGGAUCCCUGCAGUUGCAGAACAACGAGAGAGCUUACAGGCAAAAGCUCCAGGCCUACCAGCAGGCCCAGCAGAGACAGGCCCAGCUGGUCCACAAGCUACAGACCAAGGUUCUUCAGUACAAGAAGAGGUGCGGGGAGCUGGAAGAGCAACUACUGGAGAAGACCUCGGAGUCUGAGAAGAUGAGGCUGUUGCUGCAGGGCCACCUGGACUCGGCCCAGCGUCAGCAGCGGGCAGAGCAGGAUCCCAACGAGGCUGUCCGCAAUAAGUCCUCUCAGCUGGAGGAGGAGCAGAAGAGAUGCGCCCGCCUCAGCCAAGUCAACUCUAUGCUGCGGGAACAGCUGGAGCAGGCCGGCACGGUCAACCAGGGGCUGACAGAGAGCAUGUGGAAGGCCCGCGAAGAUGCUGACUUGUGUGAUUCCCGUCUGCGCAGAGCGCAAGAGACGUGCACAUCACGGAUGGGCCGCGAACAGACUAGCGUCAAAAGCCUGUGGCGUCAGAUUGUUUCCCUGCGGAGCGCCUUCACCCAGCUGAGGACUUUCACUGACAGGACUCUGUCUGAUAUGCGGAGGGAGUACGUCGCUGCCAGCCAGCAGCUGCAUGUGGCCUGCAUGAACAUAGAGGCCAAAGUAACGCAGGAGAGCACCUCUAGUGGCGUGGACAUGUCAGACCUGGAGGGGCGGCUGAAGGACAAGUUGAAAGAGGCCAUGCAGCUUCAGUGCCGCUGGGAUGCUGAGAAAGUGGAACUGAACUCCAGAAUCCAGGAGCUGACUGACACAGUGAAGCACCUCCAAGGCCAGAGCAGCGCGAAGGAUUCCAGCCUCUGCACCAUGCAGAUCAGUCUGGACAGGAUGGAGACGAGGAGAACUGAGGAUAAAGCAGAGAUGGAGGCCCUCCACACGGAGAUCCAAGCCCUCCAAAAUGUUCUCUGUCAUGUUGACCAGUUGGUUGGCGGUGAGGGUGGAGGCAGUGGCUCUGAUAAUGCGUCCUCCUCACCUCUUCAUUGCCGGUCUCCUCUGAGGAACACCACUCUGGUGGCUGUGCACAGGGCUCUCUCCAAGCAUCAGAAACAAACACAGGACCUGCGCGGGCGUCUGGAUGCUUCCUUGGAGCAAGUGGCAACCCUGCGGGAUCACCUGCAGGAGAGCGACACUGAGAGGAGAGAGCUGCAGCAGAAGAUCCAGCAAGUAAGGAGGGAAAGUGAGGAGGCUAAGACCGCUCUGGAGGAAAACCUCAGAGAGGGCAACAGAUACCGCUGCUCACUGGAGCUCAUGUCCAGUGAGAAGGGCGGCGUGGAGAAGCGGCUGUCCCGGCUGCAGCACGAGGCGGACUCCCGGUGUGCCGAGCUGGAGGCCCUGCGCGGCUCCUCGCUGGAGCUCCAGAGACAGCGGGACCUCCUCAGGGAGCAGAGGGAGGACCUGGAGAAGCAGCUGGCACGCCAGCGCACGGAGGCCCAGAGAGGCGAGAGGAGUCUGGAGGAGCUUGAAAGGAAACACUCGGUUGUGCGUCAGGAGCUUGUGGCGGUGAAGGAGGCACUGAGUCAAAUCACCCUGCAGAAGGAGGUGUUGGAGGAUGAUAAGUCCAGCCUCGCUUUGGCUCUCGGCAAGAAGGAGUCCCAGAGUGCUGCACACGAGUUAGCCCUCACCAAACUACAGCAUCAGGAGGCUGCCCUUAAAGAUUCUCUGGCUAAAAUGGCUGCCCUGAGCGAAGGCCUGGCCAAAGACAAGGUGGAACUCAAUCGCAUUCUGCUGCAGACUGAAGGUGAGAAGACAGAGCUCGCUGAACACAGACGGGAGGCUGAAAUGGAGCGGGCGGCGGCCCGGGAGGAGACCGCACGUGUGCAGCAAGAGAUGAUGGAUCAGCUCGCUGAGAAACGAGCCCUGGAGAUCACCCACGGCCACUUGCAGGGUGUCUGCCAGAGGCUAGAAGCAGAGCUGAGGCUCCUGCAAGAGGAGAAGGCUCGGGCCCUGGAGCAGCACUCCCAGGUCAACAGGCAGAUGCAGACUGUGUCAGAGGAGCUUUGUGCGUGCAGGAAGGAGCUUGAGGCACAGACCGCAGCCCAGAAGAGAGCUGCCCAAGACAGGGAGGAGCUGGCCAAGGCCGGGGCCGCUCUGGAUGUCAGGCUAAACUCCGCUGACCGAAAGGCAUGUGGUCUCACGCAGGAGCUCGCUGCACUUAGAGCGGAGAAGGAGUCCCUCGAGACGGCGCUGGAUGAGAGCCAGGAGCUUGCCUCGUCUCUGGAGGUCGAGUGCACCAGGAUGGAGGGGGAGAAGCGCAGCUUGCUCUUGGCUAACGAGGCCUUGAUGCGCGAUGCCGCUCGGGUGCGUGCGGAUGCUGAACGGCAGUCUGCGCAGGCGGCGCAGGAGUGCACCAAGCUGGAGGAGAAGCUGGCCCAGGUGGAGAGGAGCGGCCUGCUGACCCUGAAGAGCAAAGAGCAAGUUCACAGAGAGCAGCUUGAAGCCGAACGACGGCAGAAGGAACAACAGUGCGCCGAGCUGACAGUUCAGCUGGAGCAGGCUGAGGAGCAGCUACGUAGACGGCGGGAAGAAUGGCGUCUGCACAGCCAGAAGGAGCUGCAGCAGGUGCAGGAGGAGCUGACCAGGCAGCAGCAGGAGUUCAACCAAAGCCUCCUGCGGGCUGAGAGUGAAAAGCAGCAGGCUUUGUCCCAGAAGGAGGCAGAGAAGGCUGCCCUCAUGGAGAAGCUCGCCGCCCUGCAGCAGGACCUGGCCGCAGCAGGCAUGGAGCAGGAGCGCGUGCAGCGGGAGGCACUUGGCAAAACGCAGCAGGAAAAGAACGCCGCGGCCGUUCUUCAGUCUGAGCUGCGAAACUUACAAAGUCAAUUUGAGGAAUCCUUAAACUCCCAUGAGGAUACCAAGAAGAGUCUGAUUGAGCAGGUCAGAGAGUUAAACCAGCAGAGAGAACACACACAACAGGAGUUAGAGGGGCUUCGCCGGCAGCUGCAGGAGGCAGCGGAUGGUCUUAUUAAAGGGCGAAGGGAGUUGGUUGAGGCUCACAGACAGCUCCAGGAGUGUGCACGGGAGCGGGACAAUCAAAGGAAAGACUCCCUGGACCUGAGAAGGCUUUUGGGGGACGAGACCAGAGAGAAAGAGGCUAUCCAAGCCUCCAACCAGGAGCUAAGAGCUUCCAUCAAGAGAGCCGAGAGCGACAACAGCAGCUUAAGACGAGCCGUGGAGGAGAAGGAGCAGAAAGCUGCCGUCUCAGAGGAAUGCAGGAGCUCGAUGCACCAAGAGGCAACCACCCUACGGGGUAGUAUGAGGGAGCUGGAGAAGUCUCGCCUGCAGGCGCGCAGAGACGUGCAGGAGCUGCGCAGACUGGUAAAGGUCCUUGGGGGCGAGAACGGCCGUCAGAAACAGGAGCUGCGAGAGCUGCAGGCCCGUUUGUGUCAGGAGGAGCAGAAGGAGGAGGAGGCGCGGCGCGAGGCUUUCACUCUCAAGCAGAGAGUCUUGGAGUGCGAUGCCGGCAGAGAGGCAGCGCUCAAUGAGGUUUCAGCUCUGCAGCGCCGUGUGCUGGACCUGGAAGCCUCGGAGCGUCAGAGUCAGGAGCUGCUGCAGGACAAAGAGGCUUAUCAGCAGCAGUGCGACCAGAAGCACAGCGGAGCAACAGCACAGCUGGAGGAAGCGCUAGACGACGCCGGCAUCCAGAUCAAGCAACUCGCCGAGCAGGUCGGCCUCGCAGAGAGCAAAGUCCAGGGCCUGCAGGAGCGGCUGGGCGCCAGCGAUGCACAACGCAGGGACCUGGAGCUCAAGUUGGCAGGGCUGUAUUCAGCUCUGUGCCGCGCUGCCGGCACCCACCAAGCGAGGCUUUCCGGUUCACCUGCGUCCCGCAAACGGUCCCCCUCUCCCCGGAAGAACUGCCUGCAAGUAAAAGGGGGAGACAAUGAGACGGAUGGAUGUGUAUUGUCCUUGUCUCGUGGAGAAGAGGAACAUCUGGAUGUGGACAUAGUGCACGCCGCCCUGCGGGAAUUCCAGCAGGAACUCAGGGACACACAAAGAGAGAGGGAGGAAGCCAAGACUCAGGUGGUUGUUCUGAGUCAGCAGGUGACGGACCUACUAGACAGCCAGGAUAAGUCGGCCACUCAGCUGCUUCAACUACAGAGGUCCCUGAAGCAAUCAGAGCAAGGGAAAAGAGAGAUGGCAGAGCGGUUGCAAAAGGCCCAUGCAUCGCUUUCCUUGCAAGAAGAAAUAGAACGUCACAAUGACAGGGAGAAGAGAAGCCUUGGGGAGGAAGUAGUCCAGCUCAGAACCAGUCUGCGAGCUGCUGAGGCUGAGACAAGGGCACUGCAAGACACGUUGGAGCCCCUGCAAGGUUUGGAAUCGCGAACAAACGUAGAACAACAGAAGCUGAAGCAGUCCCUGCAUGCAGCGGAGAGCCGGGCGAGCCGCCUGGAGCUCUCCCAGCGCACCCUCGAGGGCGAGCUGCAGAGGGCCCGGCUCCUGGCGGCGGAGCUGGACGCAGAGGCGGGCGCCCUGCGGGAACGACUGACGGAGCUGAGGAGGAAGCUGAGCGACAGCGAGGACCGCGGCGCCGCGCUGAGGCUCAGCGAGGAGACGCUGGCCACGGCGCUCGCUCGGGCCGAGCAGCACGAGAGCCAGUUGAGAGAACAGAUCCACAAACUGUCCAGCACCCUCGGCGACCGCAGGACCAGCGGCGGAGCCCUGCAGGAGCAGCUCGCACAGCUGCAGAGGGCUGUGACUGCCAGCGAGCAGGACCGAAGGCUGCUGCAGGAACGCUUGGAUCAAACCCGAAAUGCCCUCUCCGAGAGGAAGAGGCUGAGCCACGCACUAACAGAGCAGACCCAGGACCUUCAAAGAGCCCGAGAGGACUUGGAGCUUAAAAACUCUGAGCUGGAGAAGCACAACAGGACCCUGAAGGAGAGCCUGAAGCAGCAGCAAGAUGCUGAAGCGCAGGCCCAGGAGAGCUCCCAGCAGCUGCACCGAGAGAAGGAAGAACUCCAGGAGCAGGUCACCCAUCUGCAGAGCUCUCUGCUACAGCUGCACAGCGAGAGGGCAGAGAUGGAGAGGGCGCUGGCGCGCCUCGGUAAAGACAAGUCAACACUCCGAAAGACACUGGAGAGGGUGGAGAUGGAGAGGCUGAGGAGGGAGGAGGCAGAGGCGGCGGCGGCCAGGGAGAAGGGUCAGUCGGGACGGACAGUCCGCUGCCUGGAACAGGAGCUGGCUGAAAAGCAGGCUGAGCUGCAGACUGUGCAGGCCCAAGCCUCCCAGCUGGAGCACGCUCACGCACAGCGCCUCCUGGAGGUGACGGCCCGCCAUCACCUCGAGUUGGAUGCGGAGACCGAGCGCCUGCGAGACAGCCAGUUUGAAGCAGAGCAGGCCCUGGAGACAAGGGAGAAGGCACAUCGGCAGAGGGUCAAAGGCCUGGAGGAGCAGGUGCUGACCCUGAGAGAGCAGCUGGAUCAGGAGACGACAAGACGACAGGCCUAUUUCAAUCAGAUGCUCCGUCGCGGUGUGUAAGUGGAGCCCCCGGCGUGGAGCACGCAGCGCCCCCGGCUCCCUCAUUCACUGCUCCUCUGGCAGCCCGCCAACAACGUCACGCGACGAGCCGCCUCCACAUUUGGAAACACACGCGUGCACAGCGGAUUAUGUUAAUCUGCGGGAAAACUCAACAACAACAAACAAUGGGUGUUUUGUUUAGAGGUGGACUGGAUGUGCCAGAUUGUUUUAAGGAUUUCCUCCGGCUCGCUGCAGUUGGCGUUUCUAAGUCUGUUUAUGCCGUGUCUUUUUUUUUUUUUUUGGAAACAUUGUGAGGAAAGAUUUCCUUAGUUGGUGCUUCAUUCUGCUCUAGUGAUUGUUCCUGCACUCAUUUGUCAUAUUGAUGCACCGAUUGUGAACGUCACGUAAUAACUGCUUGUGUACACUAAUGACAAUGUCUCUCCAAAUAUUUACAAUAAUUGUUUGCAGAUUUUCCCGUCGCUGUGGCGAGUGUCUCAUACGGAUUCCAUAGUGCAGUGCAGUUGUUUUUACCCUUUUUUUAAUAUCAUGUGUGCGAGAGCUUUGAUUGUUUUUAAUAAACUGGGUGUAUCACAA